UAAUUUCUUUCAGCCUGGUCUUUAUAUGAGGUUAAAUUGAAAAUCACCAUCAUCCGUUCAGAUGGAGACAGCACAGAUGUAUACAAGGCCAGAGACCUGGCACAUCAAUGGCUCAGAUUGGUAUUACCACUCAGCACAUAUCAUUUGUACAGAGUCUCCGUGGUAGUGUCUACCAGUCCAUUGGACCAUGCUUACAGUGGCGAUGAGACAAAGUUGGAAGAAGAGAAAGCUGUGCAUAACGCCCCACAAGCUGCAAGCCACUUUGAAUGCCUGGUUCACCUCAAUGUGAUCCCGAGCUCCGAUGUCAGUUCAGUGCAGAAAGAAGUCUCUCAGCUGCUGAACACACCUCAAAUCAUGGAAAAGACACAGCUUUUGGCAAACAGCAAAAGCAUCCAAGUGAAUGCAGUAGAGGACUUUCCCCCAGCCACUGUGAGUCCCCUCAUCACCUCAACUGUAAACCUCAGUGCCACCACUGAUUUCACACCUUCAGACAUACUUUUUGAGGUAAAUGGGAACGUGACCUUUACCGGCUCCUGUGAUGAUCCUGGACUUUCUGUCAUUACAUGGCUGGAUUACAUUCUACCGCCUGAGAUGUCUCUUCUGACCUUAAAAAUUAUUGGAAAAACAUACAGAGGGCCGCAUCCAACACCACAACCAGACAGGGUUGAUUCUAAUCAGCCUUCUGUGGUCAACAUUUCAAGAUACGGCUGCCUGUUCCAACUGCUGGUGACAACAACCUCAAGCCAGGAGGAGACAAAGACAAAAAUCCGUAACCUCCUGGAGGCGGAUUACACAGAUAAAGUCAUAACCAUACUACUGCAUUUUAAGGACAUCAAUAUUCGUCAUAUUGCGCUAGGGAAUUGUAAUAAGACUCGACACCAGACCCGACAGGGCCUGUUUGAAUGGCCGAUCACCACGGCUCUUCAGACUGCUAAGCAGCCAUGUCAGGGAGACCGCAACAAGACCGCUAGCAGACAGUGUCAGUUAGGUUAUCCAAUCAUUUGGAUGCUUCCAGAUCUGAAGCAGUGCCCAUUUGUGGUUGAGACCAUUCCGGACCUAGACAAAAUUGAAGUUACUCCUGAAAAUGCUAUGGAUGUGGUGGAGAUGAUCGAGAGCCUGCUGAAGGAUGAUCCAGACCUUAACUGCACUGAACUUGGCACAAUUCUGAAUAAACUUGAAGAAAUUGUUUUCAUUAGCUGCAUGACUCCUCCACUUGGAAAAGCUAUCAUCGACAUAAUCUCAUACAUCUUGGAGUCUAAAAGCCACCUACAGCCUGUAACCAACCAAAUCCUGAACAUUACAGAGAUGGUUGGCGACAAGAUGUCUUGUGUUGACCAGACAAAUUACACUUUGAUUGCUUAUGGUUUAGCGAUCACUGCGGUCAAUGUAGACCCUGUUAAUUUUCAAAGCCUUACUUUUGGGGUCUUGUUUGCUUCAGAGAGCCUAAACCCUGAGAUUUAUCUCAACAAGGAUCCAUUCCAGGGGACGGUUGCAUUCAUCUCCCUACCCUCAGCUUUGAAGUACAGCUUUCCUCAACACAGUGGAGCCCAGCCCCGAAUUCAGUUCCAGUUUUAUGGAGUCCCAACUCUCUUUAUGAACAACCAGACUGAGAAGAUCCUGAACACAUUUGUGGUGUCGGCCAGUGUCACCAAUGCCAGUGGUCCAAUUAAGGACCUGGAGAAGGAUGUUGAGGUGACGCUGCAUCACCUGCAGUCAAAUCCACUUGGCAAAGAGGUGCAGUGUGUUUACUGGGACUUCAAUCAAAAUGAAGGAAAAGGAGGAUGGAACCGGAAUGGAUGUAGGCUGCACAACACCAGCGUUGACUACACUACGUGCCUGUGUGAUCACCUCACUCAUUUUGGAGUACUUUUGGACAUAUCCAGAACGCAAAUCGACAAACAAAAUGAGGGAAUUCUGACCCUAAUCACUUAUCUGGGCUGUGGCGUGUCUUCUGUCUUCCUGGGAGUCACCGUGCUAACAUACACAGCAUUUGAGAAGAUCCGCAGAGACUACCCAUCCAAAAUCCUCAUCAACUUGUCUCUGGCUUUGCUGGGGCUUAAUAUGGUUUUCCUGGUGAACUCCUGGCUGUCCUCUGUGGGCAGUUAUGGGCUCUGUGUGGCGGUUGCUUCCGUGCUGCACUACUUCCUGCUGGCCUCUUUUACAUGGAUGGGCCUGGAGGCUGUGCACAUGUACUUUGCUUUGAUCAAGGUCUUCAAUGUUUACGUGCCCUCCUACAUACUAAAGUUUUGCACUCUAGGCUGGGGCAUCCCUCUGGUAAUAUGUUGCUUAGUUCUGGUUUUAAAGAGAGAGUCUUAUGGCAGCUCUCUCAACAGCAGGUCUAUGGAGCCGCUAGUUAACUCUGAGGCAUUCUGCUGGAUCCAGGAUGAGGUGGCUUUUUAUGUUUCUGUUGGGGGCUACAUCCUGCUGGUGCUGCUGUUCAACACGGCUAUCUUUGUGGUGGUCCUGGUUCAGAUCCGCCAUAUGCGGGUUAAUCACCCGGUCGGCAAUCAGAGUAGCCUCCUUCUACAGGACCUGAAGAGGGUGUCUAGCCUCACCUUCCUGCUGGGUCUUACCUGGACUGUGGCUUUCUUCGCCUGGGGGCCGGUGAAGGUUCCCCUCCUCUACGUCUUCUGUAUCCUCAACAGUCUGCAAGGGUUCUUUGUAUUCCUGUUCCAUUGUCUGAUGAAGGAGAAUGUAAGAAAGCAAUGGAGAAUCCAUUUGUGCUUUGGCCGCUUCAGACUCCAGGACUACUCUGAGUGGAGCCAGACAGCCACAGCUGCUGCUAAACCAAGGCUUUACCCUCCCGUGCGCAUGCCCUCAGUAAGAUCCAUCAAGUCCAGUUCAACAGACAGCACCUCAGCCUCUUCCAACUCCAGUCAAAGACAAGUGUCCAUCAGAAGACCAAACCUGGACCUUGUGUGUAAGAAAAGUUUGGCAUUACCACGUGUCCAACUUUACUCCACUCCUCUUCCUGAAAAGAGUGCCCUUGUCCCAGAAGAGGCAAACACUGAGACUUGGCAAUACAGAUCUCACCCAAGACAACGGCUACCCAUUCCUUAAUACAGUAGUGUUUGUAGGAAUGUUAAUUUGUGAGAAUUGCAUGAAGAGAAACAAAGAUUGUAAUAAGAAGUAACUUGUUCAAUUCUUUUGUGCCAUCAGAACACACAGACUUACUUCUGUGAAUCAUGGCAGCUUUUGCUUUCACUUAAUCUGGGUUGUGAAUGCACUUCACAUCUCCCUAAGAGAGUAGCUUAAAAUAUAAUAAAGCACAAUGUAGGCCAUAAUAUAAAUAAAAAAAUGUAAUGUCUGCUGUGGAGCAAAUUAAAAUAAAGUGAUUUGGGAUGAUGUUUGGGAUGAUGAUGCCCUGAUGUCCAGAACCAUGCAUACUGAUGACUAUGAAUAUGACUAAGUAUAAUUGCAAAACUGAAAAUAAAUUAAAUUGACUGCAACCUUUUGAAAAUAGAAUUGUG